AUGUUAUUGACCAACACUCAAACUGCCGCCUGGUUGGACCACCCCCAUCAUGGCGCGACCCUUACUCUCAGAAAUGACAUUGCCAUUCCUGAACCAUCAGAUGGAGAAGUUCUUGUGAAACUAGAGUGCUCUGGAUUUUGCCAUUCUGAUGUGCAUAGCAUCUAUGGAGAAACACCCAUGGAGACGAAUAUCGCUGGGCACGAGGGUGUGGGGCGUGUUGUCAAACUUGGCAAGGAUGUACCAAGCGAUGUGAUGGGGAAAUUGGUAGGUGUGAAGUGGCUCUAUAGUGCCUGUGGAGAGUGUGAGAUUUGCAAAGUGAGAUAUGUGCACUGCCCACAUCAAAACAAUUCCGGGAGAAAUGUGCCGGGGACAUUUCAGCAAUAUGUUGUUUCGCCGCUGAAAUACACGACCAUCAUCCCUGGUGGCUUAGAGCCAGAGAUAGUAGCACCAUUACUUUGCGCUGGGGUCACCGUAUACGCGGGAGUUGCACAAGCUUCCAAAUUCAUCAAACAAGGAGACUCAAUGGUCAUUCUUGGAGCAGGCGGUGGCCUUGGCCAUCUUGCCGUUCAAGUUGCUAGCGUCUCUGGCUAUCGUGUCAUCGCCGUUGACAGUGGUGAUAAAGCUGAUGUCUGCAUGACAAGUGGUGCUGCUGAAUUCGUGGACUUCUUGAAGCAAGAUGUUGAGCAAACCGUCAAGAGGCUGACGGGUGGGAUUGGGGCGCAUGCAGUCAUGGUCACGGCUGGUUCAGAGAAAGCCUACGAAUCUGUGCCGAAGCUCCUAAGAAAUCUCGGCGUCUUGGUAUGCAUCGGAAUCCCGAGAUUAGAUUUCCACGUCCCAAUUUCACCGUUUGAGAUCAUUGUUCGAGGCCUGAAGAUCGUGGGAACAUCUGUCGGUACAGAAAGCGAUAUUCAAGAACUCUUGAAACUGACCGCAGAGGGGAAAAUAAAGCCACAGAUAGAGGUAUAUGAUUUCAACGAUAUUAAUGAUGUAAUGGGCAAAUUGGCAAAAUUUCAGGUAAAGGGUAGGGCGGUACUGAGAUUACCUCAAUAG